AUUUGUGGGUGAUGGGUACGGUGGGGUGGCCUGACCGCAGUGCGACGUGGGGCUCCAGGCAGCCCUGGAGCGCAGGCUUGGGUGUGUGUCGGGCGAGUGCCUCCCGCAUAUGUGCCCCUGUGCCAGCCCCCUGACAGCAGCAGUGGGGCGGGAGCCUGGACGGACUCUGCACAGGCUGCAGAGGGGAGGGCAGAGGGAGCUGGAGGGCCUGGGGGAGCACCAGGUGGGGCUGAGGUGGGAUCUGCCCACUGACGUGGUUCCAAGAUGGAGCAGUCUGUCCAGUGCCGGGGUUUCAAGGGGCAUUUUCUUACUGGGCCUGUUUUGUCACUGCACUCAGAGUGGCCGGUCUGCUGGGCAGGGGAGGCCAGGGCCCUUGGGUAGAUUUGGGUUUUGGCAAGAACUCUCUGAAAUCCCAACCUCAGGUCUUACGGUCAGCAGGACACACAGGGUGAGCCUGUCGGCCACGGACUGCUACAUCGUGCAUGAGAUCUACAACGGGGAGAAUGCCCAGGACCAGUUCGAGUACGAGCUGGAGCAGGCCCUGGAAGCCCAGUACAAGUACAUCGUGAUUGAGCCCACGCGCAUCGGUGACGAGACGGCGCGCUGGAUCACCGUGGGCAACUGCCUGCACAAGACCACUGUGCUGGCAGGCACCGCCUGCCUCUUCACCCCGCUGGCGCUGCCCUUGGAUUACUCCCACUACAUCUCCCUGCCGGCCGGCGUGCUCAGCUUGGCCUGCUGCACCCUCUACGGGAUCUCCUGGCAGUUUGACCCCUGCUGCAAGUACCAGGUGGAGUACGACGCCUACAAACUGUCGCGCCUGCCCCUGCACACGCUCACCUCCUCCACCCCAGUGGUGCUGGUCCGGAAGGACGACCUGCACAGAAAGAGACUGCACAACACGAUAGCGCUGGCGGCCCUGGUGUACUGUGUAAAGAAGAUCUACGAGCUCUGUGCCGUAUGACCGCGGCCGGCGGGGCACGCGCUGCCGAGACGGUGGGGCCUGGGAAGGCGCUGGCUCACCGUCUGUUCUUCUAAAGGAAUCACAGGUCAAAAGUGUACUAGGGGUUUUCAGCUCACUGCACUAAGAUGCGGGUCUCCAAGACCACCGGGGUCUGAGGCUGCGGAGGCCGCCUGGGCAGCAGGCUGUGGUGGAAGCAGCACCGCCGCGGGGGUGAACGCGCGGGGGGGUCUGAGUGUGUGGUUAACUGUACCAUCCAGAGCCAGCCGGGAGCUGCUGACCAUUAAAAGUAUGAGAAUUUCAA